AGUCUCCACCAGCAGCGAUGUCAAGAAAUGGAUACUUCUUUGAAGAGAGUGGGUACCUCAAAUGUGACACCGAUGAUGGCUGCGAGACGAAGGAGGAGACGGCGGGUGAGGAGCUCUUCGAUGCAGUGAACUCCUCCAUCGUCUCUGGGGACAGCAUCCGCUUCUUCGUCAAUGUCAACCUGGAGGUGCCACCCAACGCCACUGCUGAAAGUGAAAGUGCUGGCUGCGUGUUACUGCACACAUCACGGAAGUACCUGAAAUUAAAGAAUUUUGAGGAGGAAGUCAGAGCCCACCGAGACCUGGAUGGGUUCUUGGCCAGAGCCAGCAUCAUCCUUGAUGAAACAGCCACGUCCUUGGACGAUGUUCUUCGAGAGAUGCUGAAACACUUUGCAGAAGAUCCUGAAAACACGGAGCCUAGCUGCAACUUUGAAAAAAUCAUGAGCACUUUAUUCACAGAUUCAGGGACCCCACGAGAAGGGAAUGGCACCCAUGAUGUUUCAGAGUCAACAGGAAUGAAUAUACAAACAUGUACAUCGCACCUCAAAUUUCACCUCUUAUCAGAUACAAUUCAAGGGGUCACAGCGACAGUCACGGGGGUGCAGUACCAGCAGUCCUGGCUCUGUAUCAUUUGCACUAUAAAGUCCCUUCAGCGGCGUCACGUUUGCAUCAGCCGCCUGGAGAGACCUCAGAACUGGGGGGAAAACUCCUGCGAAGUCAGAUUUGUCAUACUAGUCCUGGCUCCUCCUAAAAUGAAAAGUACCAAGACAGCUACAGAAGUGGGCAGGACCUUUGCAACAAUGUUUUCGGACAUAACCUUUCGGCAGAAACUCCUAGAAACCAAAACUGAAGAGGAAUUUAAGGAGGCACUAGUCCACCAACGCCACUUGCUGACGGUGGUGAAUCAGAGACCCUCAGGGAUGAGCGAUGGGCACAAGUCACAUGGUCAUAAACCACUCAAGCUGCACGAGUUUCUCAAUGUUGGCAAGGGGAUUUCUGAUGACAUUGCACGAAGGCUUCCAGUGUACGCGUUGGACUUCACUGAUGGUGUUAUUGGGAACAACAAAGCUAUAGGAAAAUACAUCACCACUAUGAUCUUUCUCUAUUUUGCCUGCCUCCUUCCAUCCAUUGCUUUUGGGUCACUCAAUGAUGAAAAUACUCGAGGAGCUAUUGAUGUACAGAAGACAAUCGUUGGUCAGUGCAUUGGAGGGCUGCUUUAUGCACUCUUUUCGGGGCAACCUCUAGUUGUACUCCUAACUACAGCUCCUUUAGCACUCUACAUUAAUGUCAUCCGAGGAAUCUGUGAUGACUACAACUUGGAUUUCAGUGCUUUCUAUGCCUGGAUUGGACUGUGGAACAGCUUUUUCCUGGUGAUGUACUCCCUCUUCAAUUUCAGCCUUCUGAUGAAGCUCUUUAAAAGGUCAACAGAAGAAAUAAUUGCACUUUUUAUAUCCAUCACAUUUGUGCUUGAUGCCUUCAAAGGCAUUAUUAAAGUUUUUAAGAAAUAUUACUACCAUGGGCGCACAGGAGACAGUUACUUGGAAAAAACACGAGCUGAUGCUAUUCCAAGCCUCGGCAUCAAUACAUCCUUCUUGAUGAACUCAUCAGUGAGCAGAUCCAUGUCCCUAGAGAAUCAAACAGGCACCCAUGAUGUGCAUUAUGGACGUGAAACUGCCGUCCUUAGUCUCAUGUUGAUGUUGGGUACCCUUUGGCUUGGUCAUACGCUCUAUCAGUUUAAGAAAAGCCCAUAUCUGCAUGCCAGAGUACGGGAAAUUCUGUCCGACUGUGCCUUACCCAUUUCAGUUCUGACUUUCUCUGUGGUGGGUUCCUAUAUCUUCAAGGAAAUUGAAAUGUCUAAAUUUAACUACAACCCAUCUGAGAGCUUGUUUGUCCUGGCCCCCGUCCAGUCCCUCUCCAUUGGAUCGGUGAUGAGUGCCAUGGGGUUGGGGUUCCUCCUGUCCAUGCUCUUCUUCAUAGAGCAGAACAUCGUGGCGUCGCUCACAAAUGCUCCAGAGAACAGGUUGGUGAAGGGAACAGCUUAUCACUGGGACCUGCUGCUUGUUGCGCUGAUUAACACAGGACUGUCUGUCUUUGGUCUCCCAUGGAUCCAUGCUGCCUUCCCACACUCCCCCAUGCACGUCCGUGCCCUGGCCUAUGUGGAGGAGAGGGUUGAGAAUGGACACAUCUAUGAGACGAUCGUGAGUGUGAAGGAGACACGGCUGACAAGUCUAGUGGCAAACUUCUUGGUUGGCCUCUCGCUCCUGCUCCUCCCUUUCCCUCUCCAGUGGAUCCCAAAGCCAGUCCUCUACGGCCUCUUCCUCUACAUUGCCUUGACCUCCAUUGAUGGGAACCAACUCUUUGAAAGGGUGGCUCUCCUGCUUAAGGAACAGACUGCUUAUCCCCCGACACAUUACAUUCGCAGAGUGCCCCAGAGGAAGAUCCACUAUUUCACAGGCUUGCAGGUCCUGCAACUCCUCAUCCUCUGUGGUUUCGGCAUGUCACCAUUGCCCUACAUGAAGAUGAUCUUCCCUCUCAUCAUGAUAGGGAUGAUCCCCAUCAGGUAUAACCUGCUGCCUAGGAUCAUCGAAGCCAAGUACUUGGAUGCUAUGGAUGCAGAGCACUAA